CACAUACGCAUCAAAGUGCAUCAAGCGUAUAGCAUUACAUAAAAGAUUUCAAUAAUAUAAGGAGAAACUCAAUAUUAAUGGUUGGUUUUGAAAAUAUCUUAGUUGUUGUUUUCAUGGAUAUUGUAUGUUUAUUAUUAGUAAGUAAUCUAUAAAACAAGAGUUGUUAAAAUACAAUACUUUUGGAAACAAUAUGUCACUUUUGUCUAGAGUGGUUAAUCUGGCAUUUAAUGUUAUUAGUUUACCAUUUUUGGAGGAUAAUGUGAUAGGUGAAGUUCUUAAAAGUGAUAUAUUAUUUUUUCCGUUGGAUGUAAUAACUAAUAUAGGAGAACCAUGCAAAACUUUUAUGUACAAAUUCGGAGAAAAUGAGUUAAAACUCACAGCGCUUGCAAGAGGCUUUUGUCCGAAUUGUUGUCCAGCAAACAUUCAUAGAGACAUCCGAUUUGUAACGUAUUCAAGAAAAUUUCCUAGUGGUAUACCUAUUGAACACAUGCGAUCGGGUUAUGCUCAAAAAGCAGGUAUCGAUAAAAAUUUACCGACUGUAAUUUUCAUUCAUGGAUUCUCUGAAUCUUCUCCAGGGCACAGUGGAAGAACUGUAAUAGAUGCUUAUUUAACUCGUCCCGAACCCCGCAAUUUAAUUUUGCUUGAUUGGUCCGAACUUUCAACCUUUCCGUGGUACCAAACAGCCGUAUUAAACGUCAAACAUGCAGCGGAAAGUUUGAGGAGAUUUAUCGAAGUUUUCCAUGACAGCGGUGAAAUUCCAAUCAGGACAUUACAUGUAAUUGGCUUUAGUCUUGGUAGCCACGUCGCAGGAAUUGCAGGAAAGCUACUUAGAUAUGGUUUACAAAUCCCACAUAUAACUGGGCUUGAUCCUGCUUUGCCAGAAUAUUCGCUUACAGAUUCAUCAGGAAGACUUUCAAAAGAAUCAGCCGAAUACGUUGAUAUUAUCCACACAGAUGCUGGAAUUUUUGGAAUUCCUAUUUCAAUAGGACAUUCCGACUUUUUCCCUAAUGGGGGUAGAGCUUUACAGCCUGGAUGCCAACCAAGUUAUUUGGUGAAACAAAAAAUUGUUAAUCAAGUGUUGGCCUGCAGUCAUAUAAGGGCGUGGAAAUUAUACUCCGAAUCAGUUAUUAACCCUCGUGCAUUUCCAGCAUCAAGAUGUACUCUUUGGCGAGGUCCCAACAAACAUUGCGAAUUUACUGUGGAUGCUUACAUGGGAUUUCCUAAUACAAAUACUACAUUUGGAUCAUUUUACCUUAUUACUAAUGGGGAAAAGCCGUAUGGUAAAACAUAUUAGGUCCGAGUUCAAGCUACUUAUGAGGAAAUGAACAGAUGAACUUUUCAAAAGUUUUCGAACAAAUGAUGUUUAACCUCAGAAGCAAC